UCACACACUCAGCUAAAAAUAGCCUGUAACGGAUUUUCCCAGAAAGACGUUAAAAAUAUAAAAUUAUAAAAUAUAAUUCCUUCCGCAGUUUCAAUCAAGGGAUUGUUGGGGGUUUUUUUUGAUGAUUAAAACAUAAUCAAGACUUGGACUCUGUCUAAAUGAACUUGACAAAAAAUAUAUAACAAUAACAAAAAGUUGAAUCACAGUUGUCAAAGUUCUUGCAAUUGACAGUUUCAUGGUGUAAAACAUCUUACACUAGACAUUUAAAAAAAAAUAGUGCUAAAUCAAAAGAUAUAUUGUUAUGAUAAUUUGAGUUUUGGUAUGGUAUAGUUUAGAGCUGAAUGCAAUACAAUUGAGACUAACUGAGUUGACCAUUUAAGGUACCUGUGUUACAGUUUUGAUUUCUAAUAAUGGAUAGCAAAAAAUUUCUAUUCGAAGCUGAGCUGGUGAAUUAUGUCAAGAUCGAUGUUGUAUUACCUGAUGGACAAAAGGAAAAAGCCACGUUGAAUUUUGAAAAUACAAUAAAACAGGAAAAGGAAAUGAUUCUGGAAAGAAAUAAAUUACGCUAUGCAGACAUAUAUGUCAUGGUUUUGAUGGGGGCUCACAACAGCCGUACGAUUCUUGAUGACAAUCGUCUUGUCUCCCAUUAUGCUAAUCUACUGGCCACCGGAAGUGAGCCAUAUUUGGAGAUUGCAAAAAACAGCUCUGAAUUAGAGAGACCACCCAGACCAGUUAACCCUGCACAGUUUGGCAUCACACUAAAGUAAUUUAAAUAUGUCAAACAGAAAUACAAUGUAUAUAUAAUAUGUGGAAUCGAGUUUAUAUAUUUUUAAAGCUUCUAAAAGUAAUAUUAAGUGUUAUACAUUUCUGAAACAUUUUAUGAUGCAGAGUAAUGAUAAUAUAGAGGUCAGCACAAUGGAACAAAUAGACGAGUGGUGUCCUAACAUUUUUGACUUAUAUAACCAACCUAUUCACAUGCGUAGGCUUACAUCUGACUUAUAUAACCAACCUAUUCACAUGUAGGCUUACAUCUGCAUCGUCUGCAAAAAAAAAAAAUAUUUUCAAGGCCAUUGCAACUGCAUCUUCAACAGCUUCAGCUAGCUCUGUGGGCAGAUAUUUGGGGGAGACAGCACUAAAUCAAGUGACAGAUAAGGUCAAUGGGUCAUAGUUUGGGCAGCACUAAUAUAUAUAUAUAUAUAUAUAUUAUGUAUAUAAGCCAACUUAUUUGUAAUUUAUCAUUGUAAGUUACUCUCUUAUUGUUAAUUGACUGUUUUGUUUUUUCAAUGAGAACAUUUAUAACGCCCUUAAAAGACAAACAAAAAAUUGAAUGAGAAACUAAAACAAAUUUGCAUUUAUAACUGUUUUGGAAUAAAGCCUAAUAAAACUGUCACGCGAUUCUAGGUUAUCUGCAUCAAUCUUGAUUAGAGAAUAUAAAUGUUUUAUUUUGUAAAGAAAAAAAAAUAAAUUCGAUUUUGAAAUUAA